AUGUCUCAGCCUGAUUCCCUUAGUUUAACGCUCCUAUUUAAGAAGCACAAGACCACUGUGCUACUGAUGCUCCCACCGACGACCACAAUUACUACCGCAAAAGAGUUGCUUCUCGGAUCUCUCCAAAGUCGCGGCCUUCAAGGGAUCAACGGCGACGUGAUUCCCGGCGACGCCUCGGAGAUCGAGUUCGGGGUGCCCGUGGACAAGAACGACCUCGAGAAGGGCUGGACGAGUCUGGAGCCAGACGUGCCGCAAGAACUUCUUACAAAGAGUGCAGGCAGAAAGUCUGCAGUGGGUCAAGGGACUCUGCAGGCAGCUGAGCUCAAAAACGGACAGUCGAUCGCAUUCCGGUUCCGGAAGCGCGGUGGAGAGGACACGCAGGAUGACACUGUGGAUGACCUCGAGGACCCCGGGUGGGAUGUUAUCCUGCCCAAAUAUGAGGAAGAGGAAGAGGAAGAGGAACUGAGCUGA